AACGUCAAUGUGUCAACUGUCAUUAAUCAUAGUCACUAGUCAAGCUUUGUUCCAAUUCCAAAACCAAAAAUUAUGCAUAGAUUAGCAUUAUUUUUAUCUGCUACUCUGUCUAAAACCCUUAAGUAGAAAGAAAUAAAGGAUUUACUAAAACCUUACUCAAACUAAUAAAUUUCCAAUCUGCCGAUCCAUCAAUUUUAAUGAGACUGUUUCGAAUUCCGAAUCUUCUUGUCACGGGGUGAAUUCGUAAAAUUUUAGAUUAACAUUUAAGUUUUUUUUUGUUAACUGUGUGAUAUUAUAUUAAACAAAUAGGAUAUUUAGUGGAGGUAGGAUCUACGGAUUCUCAUAAUCUGUUGUGAAUAUAAUAAUUCGAUUUUAUUUAAGCAAUAAAUAUGAGCGCAACUAAUUCAAGAAGACGAAAUUCUCGUGUGCGAAACAUUCAAGGUGAUAUUCAAGACCCCUAUAUUUCCUCCACGGUCCAUAUCCCUCACCACACCAUCACUAAACCAAGAAUAAGAAAUAUAAGACCCGAUUGUAUUGGAUUGUUUCAUCCUCUAUCAAGUUCCACAGCUAAUGUGACAUCUACUGCUGAAGAUUUGUCGACAUCUAAAGCUUUAGUUAUAGUUGCCAUAAUAUUUGUAUCGUCACUGCUAGCUUUGGGGCUGUUAUACAGACAAUUCCCAGAUCUAGAAGAGCAUGAGAAGCAACAUUUGCACUUACCAUGGGACCUUGAAGAUGCUAAACACUUAGGUUUAGUGCUAGACCGAUAUAAGGAAAAAUAUUUUUAUGAAGUUUUAUUUGGAGUCUUCCUAGUUUACAUUUUUUUGCAAACAUUUGCAAUACCUGGAUCUAUUUUUCUAAGUAUUCUUUCAGGGUUCUUGUUCCCAUUUUAUUUAGCAUUACUUUUAGUUUGCUGCUGUUCAGCCAUUGGUGCAAGUUUAUGUUUCUUCCUGUCAAACCUGCUUGGAAAGAAACUAGUGAAGAAGUUUUUCCCGGAGAGGGCUGCACAGUGGUCUAAGGCAGUCACAAAGCACAGAAAUAAUUUGCUCAACUAUAUAAUUUUUAUGAGAGUGACACCUUUUUUACCAAACUGGUUUAUUAAUAUGUCAGCACCUGUAAUUGGAGUGCCAUUAGUACCAUUUGCUUUAGGAACAUUCAUUGGUGUAGCACCACCAUCUUUUGUGGCUAUCCAGGCUGGACAAACUCUGCACACAUUGACUUCCACAAGUGAUGCCUGGUCAUGGACUUCAGUCACAGUCCUCAGUGUAUUCGCACUUGUCUCAUUAGUACCAGUAUUCCUCAAAGAAAAGUUGAAAGAAAAGUUUGAAUGAAUGCAUUAGUUGAUUUUUAGUUAAUUUUAUUUAUUUAUUUAAUGAAUGAAUUGGUGUUUUGUACAUUCCAUUCUUGUGUUUUAUUUGUAUUGUGAAGCCAUUGUCAGCAGUAUGACCCAACAUGUGCAAUGAAAGUGUUGUUUCCCAUAGAGUGCUGGACUGUAGGUCUCCAGUACCACCAAUUGUACCAAACUGAAAUAAAGUUACAAACAUUUUUA